AUGGCUGCCGAAUCAAGCUAUGUAAGUUUAAACUAAAUUUUAAAAAAAUUUUUAUAAAAAUUAUUAUCUGACUGUCACUCCCUCCCUUCUUCCUCCUCUUCUUUAAUAUUUUCUUCAAAAACGUUGAAACUCCUUCAAGUUUAAAAACAGGAAAGGAUAGGGCACGGGGAAUAUUUUGAGAUUUAUUGCUUUGCCUUCUAUUAGGUUGUUCAAGUAAUUCUGUGCCCCCUUGCAAAGCAACUCUCUGGAUUUAUAGGACACAGAAUUAUUUGUACAACCUAAUACAAGGCAUUUACAUCUUAUGCCUAUCUUUAUGAUUUGUACUGACCGUGCUGGAGUAGUACAAGUCAUAAAAAAUACCCCUUUUUUAUCAUACCUUGAUUUCUUGCCGUACCCUUGUCUUUCAUGACCUACUCUGCUUCUGAAUACUUUUUUAUACAUAUGAUCAUCUACAUAUUUUCACAAUAAUUUAUCCAAUUUCAGCCAAUUCCAUACCGCAGCAAGCUGACCGAGCCCUUCGAGCCAGGACAAACCCUGAUCGUGAAGGGAAAGACCGUCGAAGACUCAGUCCGCUUCACCGUCUCUCUCCACACCGCUACCGCCGACUUCAGCGGCAACGAUGUGCCACUUCACAUCAGUGUGAGAUUCGAUGAGGGCAAGAUUGUGUUCAACACCUUCUCCAAGGGAGAAUGGGGUAAGGAAGAGAGAAAGGGAAACCCCUUCAAGAAGGGAGAAGAUGUUGAUCUCCGUGUUCGUGCCCACGACAACAGAUUCACAAUCACGGCCAACCAGAAGGAGAUCAAGGAGUUUGAACACAGAAUCCCAUUGUCUUCUGUAACUCACUUCUCCAUCGACGGUGAUGUUUUCAUCAACCACAUAAGCUGGAGCGGAAAGUACUAUCCAGUACCAUACGAGAGCGGAAUCCCUGGUGAUGGUCUUACUCCUGGUGAGUUUCAAGCUUUAGAAAUUACUCUUGUAUAAAUUUUUAAAUAAAAAAAUGUCAAGUUUCAAAAUUUUUUUAAUUUUUUUUAAAACUCAAAUUCCAGGCAAGACCCUGCUAAUCUACGGAACCCCAGAGAAGAAGGGCAAACGCUUCCACAUCAAUUUGUUGAAGAAGAAUGGCGACAUCGCGCUUCACUUCAACCCCCGAUUUGAUGAGAAGGCCAUCGUGCGCAACUCAUUGAUCAACAACGAAUGGGGCAACGAAGAACGUGAAGGCAAGAUCGCCUUAGAGAAGGACGUUGGGUUCGAUUUGAAGAUUGUGAAUGAAGAGUACGCCUUCCAGAUCUUUGUCAACGAAGAGCGAUUCUGUACCUAUGCUCAUCGCUUGGAGCCUCACGAUUUGAAUGGCCUUCAAAUCGGCGGAGACGUCGAAAUCACUGGAAUCCAAAUCUUCUAG